UCGAUUGUUGUAGCAACAUACUUCUGCUGGUCAGUAUGUUUUGACGCCACAGGUACGUUCAAAUAACGCAACGACAAGAAGAUCCAUCUUUAAGCAGCCGGAGCUUGCUGAGUUGCUGCCGUUCGUAUUUUCCCUGUCGCAGGGGGAACAGGAGGAUACCUUACUGCUCAGAAACGUUUCCGACACUGAUUGGAGAUUAGCUUGACAACGGCUAACAUUAGCAUUUUCAAAGACGAUACUGUUGGUUUGAGAUAGUACUGUUAGUAGUUCUUCCGCUUUCGCAGCAACAUCGUUGUAGCUCGUUCGAAUUUACAAAUAUUUGCAUUCUUUGCACAGGUGCCCCUAUCUUUGGUCAUUGUUUACGUGUUUUUUGUUUGUUUUUAAUUUUCAAAAACCUGACAGGGUUUAUGAGAAUUACUGUAAGGGGCUUCAAUCGUGUUUUAUAGUCCAGCUGAUUCCAGUUACAAAGCAUCUUCGGUAAAUUAUUUUAAAUCUGUUAGCGAUUCUUGUAAUUUGUUGUGAUUGUGCACGCUGACAAUUAAACACGGCUAAACACUAUGCGUGAGGUUAAACAUAUUUUUACAAUAUCGUAAUGCAUAUUAUCACGUAAUUUCCCGCGUUUACUUCGUGCUGGUGGGAUGGUGGUGGAAGUGCAUCUUGUUAUUUUUCAUCGUCUUUGACGAAAGUCAAACUCACUUCAUGAGGUUAGCUCCCGGCCAGAACCUUGACAAACUAACUCCGAGGUUAUAUUUGUUUUAGGUUAAACUCUUACUACAACUCAGUGGAGCUGCUGUAUUUAUAUAGUUGAUCGGAGGGUUGUGUUUUUUUGUUUGUUUGUUUGUUUGUUUUGGACGAUUUCUUUCUCAGUUUCCGGCGUCUUCACUGAGUAACGAUGAACAGAUCCAGGGGUGAAGAGGAGGCUCCCCGGCAGAAUGGCUCCGCUGGCAGAAAGAAAGGAGAGCAGCAGCACAGUGAGGAUGAUGAAGCUGUCCAUCACUUCGACCCAGCAGACGACAUGCAAGACGACGACAACGACCCCAGCCGCAGGAGGGAGAUCCGGAGCAAGUACCGGGACCUGAUCAGCUCAGUGCAGCAAAACCGGGAGGACAUGCUGAACCCCACCAACAACAAGCUAACAGAAGUUUUAGAGGAAGCAAAUAAGCUUUUCAAAGAUGUUCGGCAGGCGAGGGAAGCGGCGCUGGAUGCUCAGCUUCUCGUCGUGGCCUCGGACCUGGGGAAGGAGAAAGCCAGCCAGAUGUUUUCUGAAGGGGCCUCGUUUGAUCCCUCUGCUUUUGCGGAACAUGUUCUGUCCUUCAUGGGUCUGAACCGCCUGGAAGUUGAGGAGGAGGAGCAGCAGAACGGAGAGACUGCCGAAGGUUACCUGCCUCCGGACGCCUGGCACAGAUUGGCCAGCAGAGCACAGCUGUGCUUCAGGACUGCUCCCUCCUUCCACUACAUGAUGGGCUCUUUCUAUGCAGAGCCGCCUCCUCCAAAACAACGGACAGAGCGGCAAAGGAAAGCACCCACUAAGGAGGCUCAGAGGAUAAUGCCCACUCAGCUGAAGAAAAUGGAAGAAUCCCACCAAGAGGCAACGGAGAAAGAAGUGGAGAGAAUCCUGGGAUAUUUGAAAAGUUAUUACCAAGAUGACCCGACGUCAGACAUUUCAUAUUACGAGUUCGUCAUUGACCCCAAGUCGUUUUCCCGCACGGUGGAGAACAUUUUCCACACUUCUUUUCUGAUACGGGAUGGCUUGGCCCGACUGUAUCUCGAUGCAGAUAAACUGCCCUGUAUAGUGCCGCUGGAAGGAGAGGAGAAUGAAGCCGGAGGCUCAGCCGCUUGUAACCAGUGCAUCAUCUCCAUCUCCCCGAAGACCUGGAGGGAGCUCAUCGACGCCUUUGAAAUCACCGACACUAUGAUUCAGCCUCCAAACGCACCGACUGAGUGAUGCAGAGUUGUUCAAAUGUUUCAAUUUCUUUUUAAAAAUGUAAUUUUUUUAUUUUUGUUUUGCAAGUUUGAGUAUUAAAAGACAAAAGAGAAAAAUCCUGUCUUAAUUUGUUUCAUGCAAGUUGAAAGUAAAAGACAUGAUGAAACUGGAGACUUCAUGCAAUCAGAAACAAGUCCAACAUUCCUGAACAGUCUUUCUUAAUACAAAUCAAAUUAUUAAGAGCUCCAUCACAGUUGUUCUGCAUAAACUUGUUUUAAAUCACCGGUAAAAAGUUUAGACCGCUCUGAUUGUGGCAUGAUAUCAGGUUUUAUCAAAUUUAUGUGAUUGUUCUUCACAAAUGAGUCCUUUAUGCAGGUCUUGUUUCAUCGCUUUGUUUUCCCUUUGAUUAGUUGGAUUCAAUCCUUUAAGACAAAUCAAUUUCCUUGAUGUGAUUGCUGUAUUUCCUCGGUUGUUCACCUAAAAUACUUCCUCAAUUCACUGCAGGCCUCUGUGGUACAAGUUAGACAGCGGAUGGAUUUUGUUUUAAAUAUUUUUAAAGAUUUUCAAAUAUUUUUCUUAAUAUGUUGUUUUUGACCCACUCUUUUAUUAUUAAAUGGGUCGAGUACAGAGUUAUUAGUGACUAACAGGAUGCUGUAGUCAUUUAUUAGCUGACCUCAUAAUCAUAGCCCAGGUCCAGACUGUAAACAUCUGGUGUCAGAAUAGUUCUGUGCAUUAACAGUAAAAGUAUUUCUAUAUUUAAAUUAAUU